AUGUGCUACUUCACUCAGAUCAACAACAAGUUCUGCGGCUGCACUUAUUUCCUCUUCACAUCCGGAUGCACCCCAAACAGAAACCAGUUCAACUGGCGAGACUGCGGACGAAAGAAGUUGGUCCAGGCCAUCGAGGAAGACUUCGUUCAAUGCCCCAAGUGUUUGAAGAAACUUGGAGUUGAGCAGGAUUUGAGCGCCAUGGAGUGGAUGAAGCCCGGUUGCAGUAUUAUGUGA